ACUGGUGCGUUUCUCCAGAGAAUGACUCGAUACGAUCGGCUAACGUUCCGCAGAGCGCACUCAUCUUUUAGUUCAUUUGCUUAGGCUGCACUGGACUGAGCAAGAUUGGCUUGAUUCCAAUGGCCACGGCUCCGAGGUUCCUCAGAAGAUCAAGGAUCGCAACUGGGUUGGAUUCCUCAAGGAUGCCUUUCCAAUCAGCAAAUUGGAGGAGGUCCAAGGAAGCAACCCAGACAAGGCGUUCAUGCGAAGAAACUAUCUCAACCAGAUCUAUCGAGUUGCCGAGGAUGAGCAGAUGAUGCGACGCAGAGUUUGCCCUCCAAACCAGAAAAGGACCUAUACUACUGGUGCUGGCUGGGUUCCUGCAAGCUCUCAAGCUGCAGGUUCCACGAUCCCAAGUGACCAGCCAGAUAGUGAAGACGAAUCAGACUCGCCAGCAAUGAUUUCCUCAACAAUGGCGCGUUCAAAUUCACACUCGGAGACUUACGCCAUGUCGCCAGAGCCGGAGGAACACGCAGACGACUCCGGAUCAGCAUCUUCAUACUCUGGAGUUGAGGUUCUCAGAGAGGCCAAGGUUGAGCAGAUCCCUUUCAGCGGAUUCAUUCCCCUGGAUGACGUCGUCAUCCCCGAUUCCAGUCAUGGUCCAGAGUUGAAGUUCGAUCCAGCAGAUGAGCCUAUGACAGUCCCGCUUGGGUCCGUACCACCCAGUCGCGUUGUUGAUAUGGACUACUACGAUUCUCCAUGGGGUAGUAGUGCGGCGGCUGUACAGAGAACGCCAGAUCUCUACCAGCAGCAUCAAUAUGUCAGCACCGCUGCGCAGUGGUACGGAGGUACGGCUAUGGGUCAUCCUCAGCAAGGUCAGAUGUCGAGUGGCCAGCAACCCGUGGCUGUCACUGACCAAGGCUGGAACGAUUAUCGGCAUGGAUAUGUCCCAUUCGAGCCAGCUUCGGCUCCAGAUAAAGCGGCAUCGCAGGCAGCGGUCUCACACAAUACUGGAUUCGGAGGGAUGCACCAGAUGACCAUGUCAGCUCCUUUUAUACAGCCAGUGGUAACAGCGGCCAACGAUAGUCAGCACACAGUAUAUCAAGGAUCCGGAGUGCCAUAUGUUCCUGGUCCCUUUCAACAGCACAGCCAGCCCGGGUUCAUGGGUACACAGCACCAGGGAAUGUAUAGCGGGUGGCUUUGAUACAAAAGUGACGAGAGUGAUGAGUCUAAGCAGAACGAAGACAAUGGCGAUAACGAUGACGACAAGUACGACAACGAGACCGACGAUUUUGAUGAAAUUGCAUGUGGCUCCAGGGAAAUCCAGCCACGAAGAUGGUAAUUGCUCGCACAGCGGUGUUUGAUUUCCAGAAGAUCUCGGUGUUUCAUCUCUCUCUCUCUCUUUUUUUCUUUUGAGACGAAUUUCUUUAUUGUGGA